AACAAAUGGCAGAAGACUAUGAAGCAGAGACCACUCCAAGAAAGAAAAAGAGAAAACACAGGGCCCUUCAGUAAAGCUGGCUAGGAAUAGCUCCCUGCAGCCUGCCCACUCUGGUAACCAGGGCAUGUCUGCGCUGAGCCACUGCUUUCUCCUCUCUCUCCAUUCCAGGCUGCUGUCUAUCAACCUGACCAACUGCAAGUAUGAGAGCGUGAGGCGUGCUGCCCGACACUGUGGUCUAAAAGAAGUGGGGGAGGAUGAGGAGUGGACGGUGUACUGGACUGACUGCUCGGUCUCUCUGGAGCGCGUCAUGGAAAUGAAGAGGUUUCAGAAAAUCAACCAUUUCCCGGGGAUGACAGAGAUCUGCCGGAAGGACCUGCUGGCCCGCAACCUCAACCGCAUGCUCAAACUCUUCCCCAAAGAGUACAGCAUCUUCCCCCGCACCUGGUGCCUGCCUGCUGACUAUCGAGGUUUCCAGGCCUACGGGCGCAUGAGGAAAAACAGGACGUACAUCUGCAAGCCAGACAGUGGCUGCCAGGGGAGGGGCAUCUUCAUAACCCGCAACCCAAAGGAGAUUAAACACGGGGAGCACCUGAUCUGCCAGCAGUACAUAUCCAAGCCCUUCCUUAUUGAUGGCUUCAAAUUUGACCUGCGAAUCUACGUCCUGGUCACAUCCUGUGACCCCCUGAAGAUUUUUGUCUAUGAGGAAGGGCUGGCCCGGUUUGCCACCAUGAGGUACAUCGAGCCCAGCAGCAGCAACCUGGAUGAUAUCUGCAUGCACCUAACCAACUAUGCUAUCAACAAACAUAAUGAAAACUUCAUCCGAGACGACAUGAUGGGCAGUAAGAGGAAACUGUCUACCUUGAAUGCCUGGAUGAUGGACAACAGCUGCAACACAACAGAACUCUGGGAAGACAUUGAGGACAUCAUUAUAAAGACCCUUAUCUCAGCCCACCCUGUUCUGAAGCACAACUACCGCACCUGCUUCCCCAACCACAUCACUGGCUGUGCCUGCUUUGAGAUUCUGGGCUUUGACAUCCUGCUAGACAGAAAGCUGAAACCCUGGCUGCUGGAGGUGAAUCACUCGCCCAGUUUCACCACGGACUCGCGCUUGGACCGAGAGGUGAAGGACGCUUUGCUCUGUGACACCAUCAAGCUGAUAAACCUGCGAGCCUGUGACAAGAGGAAGGUGCUGGAAGAGGACAAGCGACGGGUGAAGGAGCGACUCUUCCAGGCCCACCAGCCACCUCGUGAAGCCAGACGUGAGAAGUUAGAGAGCAGCCAGGCGGCCUGGCUGGCCCAAGCGGAGAAGUAUGAGAACACGCACCUGGGAGGGUACCAGCGCAUUUACCCCACGCACGAGACAGACAAGUAUGAGCCAUUCUUCAAGCACAGUGGCUCCCUCUUCCAGGAGACGGUGGCUUCCAAGGCAAGAGAGAAGUGUGCCAGGCAGCAGCUGGAGGAAAUUCGCUUGAAGCAAGAGCAACGAGAGGUUACUACUGGGAAGAAGAAAAAGGAGCGAAAGGAGAACCUGCAGGGAAAGUCCGCUGGAGAGAAAUCCCGCAUCCGCAGCAAGGCCAAGGCUCCUCCCACUCGCCUCACCUACAACAGCGCCAGGACCUGCGACAGGAAGCGUCAGCAGACAGAUGGGUGA